UAAUAAAAACAUUAAUAGUUGAUUAUCGGAAAAAUUGUUGUACAAGGACUAGAUAAGGUGAAAUUGUAUGCAAAGGACCUAUUGAGCACAAGUGGAAAAAUAUACCGGCUAGAUGAGUUUAAGCCAAAUUUACGAUUCAAAAUUUCGAAGUCUUUUUGAGCACCCAAACAACAAAGAGUGCCUAUUUUAUACUGUGAGAACUUCACUGCGGCAAUAAAUCAAACAGAUAUAUUUUUGCUGAAAUGCAAAGCUUAAGAAACUCCAUCUUGAGCCAUAUGAGGCUGAGAGCCAUUGUGGAGCAGCACUCAUUUGCUCAGAGCAGCAAUGAGUUCAUCAGAAGACAAAUGUGCUCAUCAAAUGCUGCCAAUCCUGAUCGGGUCAUACUGGAUCGUGUGAUCGGAUUGGUUAAGAAAUUCGAUACAAUUGAUGCCACUAAGAUAACUGAAACUGCUGAUUUUCAGAAGGAUUUGUGCCUGGACAGUUUAGACAGGGUGGAGCUUGUUAUGGCUUUUGAGCAAGAAUUUUCCAUUGAAAUUCCUGAUGACCAAGCCGAUAAGCUGACUUGUUGUGCUGAUGUUGCAAAGUAUAUUGUUUCAGGAACUGAUCAGAAAAUCUCGUCCUCCUGAUUCAACUCUUGAUUUUAGAGUUCAGUUUCACGGAACAUGGCUGUUGGAUGAUAUGUUCUAUUACUUGUCGAGUUUUAUGUUUCUGGGUUUUGUUUACAUUUCCGAAAACAAUUAUGAAACUCCGAAACUUUAUAUUUACAACUUACUAUUGUAAAAAUAUUACAUUCUUUUCCGUAUCUAUUUCAGCAUUUUCCGUUUCUAUGAAA